AUGCUCGGUGGCUGGAUCCCAUUGACGAACGAUUUCGGAGAGGAUCCCGAUUUGUGGAUCUCUAGUCAGGCAGCCAUACCGCGCACCUCCGUCCUCUGCGAUAAGGCGGAUUUUGGGCCAUUGACGGCCACCAAAGUGGGGGAUGAUGGGCUCCCAUUGCCGCCGAUGUGGAGCAAUCCCCUCAAGCUGCCAGAUGAACGCGAUGAUGAGGAUACAUUUGCGGGGCACAAGCUGAAGCCCAUUGGCUACGAGAUGUUGCUGGCCAGGAAGCAGAAACGGAUGGCCAAUCUGGUCCAGAAGUCGAUCGACGACCAGGUGGCGGUGCUCAAGAAACUGGUUGAGAGCUGCAAGUAUAUUUGGCAAAACUGCGAAUAUGAUCCAGUGAUUCCGUGGCACAAAACGAUCUGGAGCGUGGGGCGCCACCAGCUAAAGGAACCGCCGAAUCGAGGCACUUAUGUUGUGAAGCGGCAGGUGGAGCAACGACAGCAGCAGUUGGAACAGGAGCAGCAACUGGAAAAGGAAAAGGAGAAGCAGCAGAAGCUAAGUCAACAGCAGGAGGAACCGAAGCCCCCCGUUCCGUACGCCACUGCCAAUCCGUUUCUGGUGCCAUCGGCUGUUUGGAAUCUCUGCGUCCCCCAUCCCUGGAUUGGAAAUCAAGGGCUCAACUUGUACCACCAGCAGAUGGGCUACUGGUAUCCAUCCUGGCACCAGACAGUCCCCAACUGGUGGGACAAUCCCAUCUACGUGCAGUGCAUGGCCCAGAUGGAGCUGUUCCCGGUGAAUCUCUCGCCAGAGGAGCUGCAGGCAGCCCAGAUGUACGCCAUCCACGGCGAGCAGUUCUUCGACAUGCCCAUGGGCAUGGGCUACAAGGGCGGCAUCCCCAUUCCCCAGCCCUCCUAUCCGCUGGCUCCGUAUUAUCUCUAUGCUCCACCGCCCUAUGUCCUGUAUUACCAGGUCCAGCAGCCGAUCUUCUAUCCACCGAUUGCCCAUCAAAUGGCCGGAUCGCAUCCAAACCACCAGCCAGUUCGAGUCUCAGGGGCAGGAAUCCCAGGAAAAGGAUGUGGUGCAGGAGGAGCAGUCGGCACAAGCAAGGCAAGUGCUGGUGGAAGAGGUUCAAAAAAUCGGAAACAGAGGUAUCGUGGAAAUGGAAGCACCAGUUUCAACUCGAAUGGCCAGAGGUGCUAGUGGUGCUAGCGGUUCCAGUGGUUCUGGUCGCAUCAGUGGAUCGAGCGAUGUCCUUCCGACCGUUGAUGUUCUCAAUUUAAACAUUACCAACUUCCCACCGCUUCCAGUGCCUCC